AUGGAGAAUCCUAUCAAUCAGGAAGAUCCUGAGACAAAUACUAAAGAACCAGUGAAAGCUGAAGAGCCAGCAGCAUCUAACUCUGGUGAAAGAAGUGAUGGAGCAACUUCACCGCCGCCAAACUGCAGCAUAUGCCUUGGAAAAUUGAUAAACACAUCCUUCACUGACAGCUGCUUGCACCAGUUCUGUUUUACUUGUUUAUUGCAGUGGUCGAGGAUAAAAACCGAGUGUCCAUUAUGUAAACAAACGUUCAAGUCGAUUAUUCACAAUGUCAGAUCCGAGGAGGAUUAUGAUCAGUACCAUGUACCAAGAGAAACCCAUAUAUCUCAAACCCAUAUAACUACUCAAGCGCUUGCUUUGUCGAGUGCGCUUUCGAAUGCUUCUAUCAGUGCUUACCAGCGUUUUGCAUACAGAACAACAAUGACACCAAGCCGUCGUUACGGGCGACUGUUUGCUGGCCUCCAAGCAAACUCCAGCCAUCACUCGCGUCAAGAACCACCACCAGUGUCCAUUUCUCAUCCACCACCUGUGUCAGCACAGGAACGAAGACAACGUCGGAAUAUCUAUAGGUCCGGUGAAUGGUCUGAUCCAGUAUCGAAUGUGUACUCGCGGUUUCGUCAAUGUAGUGCUGAAUAUUACAGGAGAUACCCUCAGGAAAUAAACCGUUUAAUUCCAUGGAUAAAUCGGGACUUACAAACGAUAUUUAAUCCCGAACAGACUCCCAUCGCUUAUGUUUUAGACAGGAUUACGAGUUUGUUACAACGUUACGAUAUGCGAAGUCCUGAAUUUCGGAAUGAAAUAAGACCACUUCUUCAAUUAGAAACAGACCAUUUUAUUCAUGAACUUAUGAAUUAUGCGAGCACAGAUUUGACUAUGGCCGCUUAUGAUGACACUGUUACUUAUUACAAUAGUUUUAACCCUCAUGGCCUUUCGGGUUUAGGAUACUGGCACCAUGUACAAUCUCAAACCUCAAGCAGCACCAGCAGUACGAUAUCUGAUGAUUCUGACAUAAGAGUUGUUGACCAUGUUGAUCCAAGUGGUUCUGAAGUCCCUUCAGUUGGUCCUCAUCUCAUAAGUUUUCCAGGUCCAAGUACAGUUAGCCAAGUAUUACAACUCCAAACACCGGAGGCUCGUCCAUUUGUUCUUACAAUAACAUCGAGCUCGUCGGAAUCAGAAUGUGAAAUAGUAGGAUAUGUUAAACCAAGAUGUGAGAGAACACCAGAAAUAAUAGAGCUUAUACCUAGAUCUCCAUCUCCAUUAUCUCCAAUAAAUGACCAACCAAGUACAUCUGAAUCCAGCAGAAGAUUAUCUAAAAAUUCUAAAUCAAAAACCAGCACUCGUCAACUAGACAGAAUAUCUCCGGGAUCAAGUGAGUCAUCUAGUGACAGUGACAGCGACUUUGAAGAGAGCCAAACUAAAAAAUUAGCCAAUCGCCGCACUUCAAAGCACUCAACAAAAGUAUCAAAGCCAAGUAAGAGUCCACGAAAGUCAUCGGGCAAGAAGAGUGAUGUAAGUAAGAAACGUAGCAAGCACAGUUACAGCUCGUCGGACAGCCCCAGUCCCAGAGAGUCCAAGUGUCGUCGCAUGUCGUUGAACAACUCCAGGAAGACAACUAGAGCCUACAUAUCUUCCAGCGAGUCUGAUGAAGAUCAACCAAGCUCUCGUAAUACUGAAGAGUCCUCCAAGACGGUAGACAAAGAUGACAAGUCUAAGAUUAAUUGCCGCGUGCGAGUAAGGAAGGAUUUAAUAAAUGGAAAGAAGAAACAUAAAAGAAGAACUAGACGCAGCAGCAGCAGCACUAGCAGUACUAGCAGUAGUUCCAGUGAAAGUGAAAGUGAGUCUAGUAACAGCAGCUUGGACACUACCUCAACGAGUUUGACUACUUCUAGUAGUUAUAAGGUUGAUAAAUAUAAAGUUGAUAAAUCUCGGAAGAAAAAACGAUCGAAGAGCAAGCGGUCGUCAAAACAACAUAAGAGCACGUCUGAUAAUUUGCGUAGACAUAAUAGAUCACGAUCAAGAAGUAAAAGUAGAAGCAGAAGCAGAAGUAGAAGUAGAAGUAGAAGUAAGAGCAGAAGUAGAAGUAGAAGCAGAUCUCGGGAAGAAUUAAGUGAUGCUAGUGAACAUUAUUCAGUAAAUGAAAGGUACAGAGAGCGUAAAGCUGCCAAGAUAGCUAAUAAAAAAUUAAAAAAUAAACAUUUAUACGCAAUGACUGAUUCUCAAAAUGACGAAGAAGCUUACAGAUCAAAUAGCCAAUGCAGUGAAAUUUCAGACAAACAUAAAGCCUCCAAGUCUAGUGAAAAAAAGUACAAGGGAGAAUCUAAUUCUAAAGCGAAGUCACACAAGACUAAGUCCCAUAAAAAAAGUAGCAAAAAGAAACGAGUUAAAACGCGGGGUGAAACUGAAAAACGGCCAAGAAGACGAAUUACUUCUUCAUCAUCUUCAUCGUCGUUUUCAUCGACUUAGUUAA